AUGUGCCAGGGCGGCGACUUCACGCGCGGGAACGGCACAGGAGGGGAGUCUAUCUACGGGGAGACGUUUGCGGAUGAGAACUUUGUGCUGCGGCACGACGCGGCGGGCGUGCUGUCAAUGGCAAACGCCGGCCCCAACACCAACGGCUCCCAAUUUUUCCUGUGCCUGGCGCCCUGCGCAUGGCUGGACGGCAAGCACGUCGUCUUUGGGCGCGUGGUGGAGGGCAUGUCCAUCGCCAAGCGCAUGGAGGGCUUUGGAGCGAAGAGCGGCCGCGUCAGCCGCCCCUGCGUGAUCGCGGACUGCGGGCAGCUCCCUGGCCGCCUGGAGACCCUGUCAAAACUCAAACAGGAGAAGGAGGAGCUUGCGAAGUUGAAGGAGGACCCAACGGCGGUCAACCCGGACGACGAGGCCCUGAAGCGCCUGCAGCAGAUAAAGCAGCGCCAGCAGGCGCGGCCCGCGGCGGCCGCCGCCGCGGCGGCGGCGGACGAGGAGGACGGCGAGCGGGGCGGCAGGGAGCAGCAGCAACAGCGGCAGGCCAAGCGGCCGCGGGAGGGCGGGGAGGGCGGGGACGCGGCGGAGGACGGCGCAGGCGGGGAGGAGGGCGGUGACGCCGAGGAGGACGGGGCGGGCGGCGCGGAGGCGGCGGCGGGCGGCGACCCGUUUGCGGGGCUCUCUGCGCGGCAGCGGAAGCUAAUGGAGCUGAGGCAGAAGCUGCAGCAGUGCCGGAAGGCGAACGAGCAUGCGGUCAUCGCGGAGCGCAAGCGCAUGCAGCGCACGCGCACCUGCCGCGUCGCGUCUUCUGGGCAGCGUGCCAAGGGCAACGACGGGGAGGAGGCGGACGACUCCUCCGCGGGGGCCAAGCGCAAGUGGUACGAGGAGCAGCAGAAGAAGAAGGCCGAGGAGCUGCAGCGGCUGGGGCUGGACCCCUCAAGAGCAUACAUGCUGGAGAGCGCUGAGGUGGCGGAAGCCAAGCACAAGAAGUCGGAGAAGAAGGAGACGCCGUUUGGUUGGGACUCCUUCAACGCCAAGGCGCUGUACAACGCAUACUCCAAGCGGGCCGACAAGAUACCGGUCGACCCAGAGGCGUACCGCAGGGCCAAGGAGGAGAAGCCAGAGGUGGCGGGGGAGGCCGACCCACUGCUGUACGGCAAGGCGCCAGACGUCGGCGAGGAGGGCGUGGAGCGCAUGGUCUCGGAGCUCAACCAGCAGGCGGCCAAGCGGCAGGAGUACAGCCGCCGCCGCGCGGCGCGCGCGGACGCGGACGUGGACUUCAUCAACGAGCGCAACGCCCACUUCAACAAGAAGAUCGAGAGGGCGUUUGGCAACUACUCAAAGGACAUCAAGGCGUCCCUCGAGCGCGGCACGGCGCUGUAG